ACAGACACCUUUUCCUUUUGGCAGUGUUGCUUUUGGCAGAGUUGCAGUCAUAUUGUGUUCAGUUAUCUUUCACGGGUUCUGUCUCAGUUCAUAUCCAUUCUCCAGUGUCUUGGCGGCUUGUAUAUGAAAGGUGACACUUGAUCUGUCCGAGAUAAUAUUUAUGCGUAUGUAUAUGUGGGUCCAGUUCACGUUAGUUGUCUUUGAAUUAGCUGGCAGAUACCAGUUUUCUUCUCCGGGUAGGUCAUUACAGGUCUAUUUUAUUCAUUUCAAAGUUAUCAAGCUUGAACUUUUAAUUAGUGAACGAACAUCUAUUAGUUUGGGAGCAUUCCUUUGUGUUGUCCUUGCAGAUCGGAUUCAGCAUCUCUAGAUCAAAAUCUAGUGAGCUGCUUUUACUCAUUAUGUACUUGCCUCAAGUUUAUCAUAUGAAGAGGGGACAUCUUAGCAGGUCUAUUAUAAAGUUGCUAGCUCAAAUAGAGAAACGAAAUCACUUUAAUUUUCUCAAGCUGGUUGACUAGUGUCGUGAACUUUAACAGGACUUGUGAAAUUUGGAAUGUUGACACUUGACACAGAAGCCGAUUUGCUCCUAGUGACAUGAGCACCUAGAGGUGAAAAGGGGCUGUAUUGGUUCAUUCAAAUUAGAAUCUUGAUUUGGGGGAGAAUGCCCUCUUUCCAAAAAUGGAGGGGGUCAUGGCCCCUAUUGGCUGCUUGCGCUUCAAUUGGGAUCUUGAUUUCGUUCGUUCACUUAUUCCUCUACCCGGUGUUUCCUUCACUGGACUAUUUUAGUGCACUGUCGUUUAACGGGUCAAGUAGUGAAGUUGGUGAUAGGUUCUACCGAGGUAACGAGACAAUUGAAGAUAAAAUGUAUUUGCCGCUAGUCAAUGACACUGCCAAAGAAAGCCCACCUCCUAUGCUGGAUUUGAACGCCCUAUUUCCUCAAGAUUCACAUAAUGCUGUGGUCUACCGUGGUGCUCCAUGGAAGGCCAGAAUUGGCCGAUGGUUAUCUGGCUGUGAUGCAAUUAAUGCAUCAGUGAAAAUAGUUGAGCGAAUUGGUGGCAAAAGCUGCAAGGAUUCUUGCAGCGGUCAAGGAGUUUGCAACCAUGAGCUUGGUCAAUGCCGCUGCUUUCAUGGUUUUAGUGGUGAAGGAUGUUCAGAGAGGGUUGAGUUGAAGUGCAACUACCCCAAGUCAAAUGAGCAACCUUAUGGACGAUGGGUUGUUUCAAUAUGUCCAGCGCAUUGUGACAUGACUAGAGCAAUGUGUUUUUGUGGGGAAGGCACAAAAUACCCAAAUCGUCCUGUAGCUGAGGCAUGUGGCUUUAAGAUCAGUCCCCCAUCUAAAGUGGGUGAUCCCGCUCUGCCUGACUGGACCAAAGCUGAUCCAGAUGUCUUCACCACCAAUGCUAGCAAACCAGGGUGGUGCAAUGUUGACCCUGCUGAAGCAUAUGCUUCUAGGGUGCACUUCAAACAGGAAUGUGAUUGUAAGUAUGAUGGACUUUGGGGCACAUUCUGUGAGGUGCCUGUCCUAAGCACCUGUAUCAAUCAAUGCUCUGGCCGGGGGCUAUGCCGAGGUGGAUUUUGUCAGUGUCAUAGUGGAUGGUUUGGAGCAGACUGCAGUGUUCCUUCUGCUUUGUCAUCCAUUAAAGACUGGCCAAAGUGGCUUCGACCUGCCAAGGUUAGCAUUCCAGAUAAUGUGAACAGUGUUAGUGUUGAAGCUAUGGUGGAGAAAAAGAGGCCGCUAAUAUAUGUUUAUGAUUUGCCCCCUGACUAUAACAGUCUUCUCUUGGAGGGACGCCAUUAUAAACUGGAAUGUGUGAACAGAAUAUAUGAUCCAAAUAAUGCUACAAUAUGGACAGAUAUGCUAUAUGGUGCGCAGAUGGCACUUUAUGAAAGUAUAUUGGCCAGCCCUCACCGGACAAUGAAUGGAGAUGAAGCAGAUUUUUUCUUUGUUCCAGUUCUUGAUUCCUGCAUUAUAACUCGUGCUGAUGAUGCCCCUCAUUUGUCCAUGGAGGAAAGCAAGGGCUUGAGAAGCUCUUUUACUCUGGAGUUAUAUAAGAAGGCUUAUGAUCACAUCAGAUCAGCAUACCCUUACUGGAGUCGCUCAUUGGGGAAAGAUCACAUAUGGUUCUUUUCUUGGGAUGAAGGUGCUUGCUAUGCCCCAAAGGAAAUAUGGAAUAGCACGAUGUUAGUCCAUUGGGGCAACACAAACUCAAAACAUAAGCAUUCAACAACAGCAUAUCGGCUUGAUUCUUGGGAUCCAAUACCAUUAGACCAAAGAGGAGACCACCCAUGCUUUGACCCAAAUAAAGAUCUUGUACUUCCAGCCUGGAAGCGUCCUGAUGGAGGUUCUCUGGGAGCUAAAUUUUGGGCUAGGCCGCGGGAGGCACGAAAGACACUUUUUUAUUUUAAUGGAAACCUUGGACCUGCUUAUGAAAAUGGGAGGCCUGAAGCUACGUAUAGUAUGGGCAUAAGGCAGAAGGUGGCCGAAGAAUUUGGAUCAACUCGAAACAAGAAUGGUGAGCUUGGCAAGCAGCAUGCGCAAGAUGUUGUUGUGACCCCAUUGCGUGCUGAGAACUACCAUGAAGAUUUGGCUACUUCUGUCUUUUGCGGAGUUAUGCCCGGGGAUGGGUGGAGUGGACGGAUGGAAGACAGCAUUUUUCAAGGGUGCAUUCCCGUGGUCAUUCAGGAUGGUAUAUACCUACCAUAUGAGAAUGUCCUUGAGUAUGACAGCUUUGCUGUUAGGAUACGUGAGGAUGAAAUUCCAAGCAUGAUAAGCAUUCUUCGGAGCAUAAAUGAGACAGAAAUAGAAUUCAAAUUGGCAACUGUAAAGAAAAUCUGGCAGAGGUUCAUGUAUCGGGAUUCUGUUUUACUUGAAGCAGAGAGGCAAAAAGCUUUGCAUGGGCAUGUUGAGGACUGGGCUGACCAGUUUUCACAACUCACCGAAGAUGAUGUCUUUGCUACCGUCAUACAGGUGCUGCACUACAAGCUACACAAUGAUCCUUGGAGACGACGACAAGUUUCCAAGAGGGAAAGGGAGCUGGGGAAAGCGUAUAAUGCGAACAACAAAGUUUUUUGAGAGAUGACAAGAUCUUCGAGUCUUUUGUACUAAAAUGUUUCAAAGUUAUAAAUACAUUGUUUUGUAGACAAAUCCUACCAAAAGAUGGUUCAGAAGAAAAUGAAAUUUCAGGGCUUAUUUUAUACUCAUUGGUGCAUCUGUAAUUUUAGGGUCCAGAUCACACAAAGUCAGAUUGGGAAAGAAAUCAUCUUUAGGUGGCAUGGGGGCUUCCUUUGCAAAUGUUCCUCCAUUUAUCUUUGAGGUCCAUGGCAGUGCGGCCUUUACCGAAACGAUCACCUCCAUAUUCCAAAAUCUCCCUCCAUGGGGAAUCCAUUGGAAUAAAAUCUGGCAGAGGCCCAGCCUGGCCUCUAAGACCAUGGAAUAUAUUGAUGAAGAGAAAGAAUGAAAUAUAAACCUUCAGUGCUUCCUCCUCGUCUUUUGUCCAAGGAACCUUCUUCCUUCUCCACCCACUGGUGGCGGAACAGGAGCUAAUACAAAAGAAAAGAAACUUACGAUUGGUUCUAAGUAACCGUUGGAACUUAAUUAAACAGUGCUAUUUUAAACCUUAUCAUUACAAAGCAAAGCAUAUGCACAAAAAACAUAGUUAUAAAUGCUACUUCCUCCAUCCAACUAUUUUUGUCCUUUUUUAUUUUUUUGUCGGUCCUACUUUUGUCUCAUACCAUAUUUGGUCAUAGUUGUAUGGUU